ACCAAACACGCCUUAAGUAACGGAAAGCAACGACUUCUCAGAACAUCUCGGACACCAAUAAAACGACAGCGUACUAAGCAAAACAACAGCAGCAACAAAAAUAACAUGGCAUCGCUUCCGUACGCCGACGUGGACAGUACCCAAAGAGCAAUCGCCGGUCAAGCCGAGGGCUUCGGCCGGUUCGCAGUCGGUGGUCUCCACGGCCCUCUAGUCACGGUCACCACUUUAUCCGACUUAUUUUUUACAUAUAAUUUCCUUGAAGACGACGGUCCGGGUUCUCUCCGAGACGCUUGCCGGAAUCCGGGACCGGGUUGGAUCGUGUUCAAAGUGUCGGGAACAAUCCGAUUAUCGACGUACUUAAGCGUGGGCUCUCACAAGACAAUUGAUGGACGAGGCGAAAGGGUAAAGCUGACGGGGAAAGGGUUGAGAUUGAAAGAAUGUGAGAAUGUGAUUGUUUGUAAUAUGCAAUUUGAAGGUGGAAGAGGACACGAUGUUGAUGGGAUUCAAGUAAAGCCAAAUUCGAAGCAUAUUUGGAUCGAUAGGUGUAGUUUUAAAGAUUAUGAUGAUGGCUUGAUUGAUAUUACUAGAGGAAGCACUGACAUCACUGUUUCUAGAUGUUACUUCACUCAACAUGACAAGACAAUGCUCAUUGGAGCAGAUCCUACUCAUGUAGGAGAUAGGUGCAUCCGAGUGACGAUCCACCAUUGCUUCUUCGAUGGAACUCGGCAAAGGCAACCUCGUCUUAGAUUUGGGAAGGUUCAUUUGUAUAACAAUUACACUCGAAACUGGGACAUUUAUGCUGUUUGUGCAAGUGUAGAAGCCCAGAUAUAUUCUCAAUGCAACAUAUAUGAAGCAGGAAAGAAGAAGAAAACUUUUGAGUUUUAUACCGAGAAGGCAGGGGAUAGGGAAGAGGCGAGUUCAGGUGUAAUAAGAUCGGAAGGAGACCUGUUUUUGAAUGGUGCACAAUCAUGCUUAUUAGCAGCAGGCAGUGGGGAAGGAAGUGUGUUCCACCCAAGUGAAUAUUAUAAAACAUGGACAAUGGAAGCUCCCUCGGACUCUUUGAAACAAGUUCUUCAAGUAUGCACAGGUUGGCAACCUGUUCCUCGGCUUCUUGAUCACCAUAAGUGAUGAUUGUAUUUAGUGCUUUUUUCUUUAUGAAUCUAAUUUAUGUGUUUUAAAUAGCUAACGAGGGGUAAAAGGAAUUAACUAACGAGAGGUAAAAGGCUAUGGAAACCCUGUAUUAGAAAAUAAAUUAUAUUUUGCUCUCCAUUCAAAAAGCA